AUGAAUUUCUCAGAUGAUUUAAAUGAUUGGAGAACAUAUGAACCACUUUUUGAUUUAGAGAUUCCUGAUGGCAGCACGGCCGAAUAUAUCUCCGAUUUGGUAGAAUCUUUUGACAAAUACAAGAGUACUGCAAUGCUUUAUGCAUCAUUAAAACCUAAAGAAGAUGGGACCUGUCCAUAA